CCGCUGCUACCCCCCCUUCUUCAUCGUACAACACACGCUCGCACCACCGGCCGACGGCAUACGGCGGCGAUCUAGCCUGGUAGAGCUAUAGGUGUACGUCAUGCCAAGCUACUGAUAGCUUCGUUCACGCCCGGCCUCCUCUCCGCCCUCCAUCGAUCUCUGCCUCUCUACCCUGUACUCCUAGCUACUAGACUAGUACCGGUACCAGCACCACCCCUUAAAUUUGCUGUUGCUUGCUUCCCUACACUUGUUGUUUAUUUAAUUUCUUUCUCUCUGUCGUAUUGUAUCUAAUCACUACUAUUUACUGCAAUAUAAUGAUUUAAAUUUUAGUCCCGGCACCAAGCUAUAUAUAUACUCUCCAUCCUUUCCUUCAUACCAGCCAGAGGCCACACAAACUCAUCCGGCUACAGCAAGCAAGCAAACAACCAUAGCUCUCAGAUCAGUCGUCGUAGAUGUGUGCAGUGCAGCCAAUUCCUUGCUACUCCUAGUCCUAGCUCGUCUGUCCCCUCCCCCUCUCUCUCCUCUUCAGAUCGACGUGCAUAUAUAGGUCCCUUUGUCUCAUAUAUACAUAUAGUUCUUCCAUAUCCAGCUCCUUAGUCCUUACAUAAAGAUUCCUGUGAACAGAUAGAAAUAUAGAUAGAUAGGAAAUAAUAAGGUGGCAGCUAGCUAGCAGUAGUAGCUGGAGCAGGAGCAGGAGCUAGCCAUGGGGCUGCGCGACAUCGAGCUGACGCUGCCGCCGGGGUUCCGGUUCUACCCCAGCGACGAGGAGCUGGUGUGCCACUACCUGCACGGCAAGGUGGCCAACGAGCGGCUCGCCGGCGCCGGCGCGGCCAUGGUGGAGGUGGAUCUGCACACCCACGAGCCGUGGGAGCUCCCUGACGUGGCGAAGCUGAGCACGAACGAGUGGUACUUCUUCAGCUUCCGCGACCGCAAGUACGCCACGGGGCUGCGCACCAACCGCGCCACCAAGUCCGGCUACUGGAAGGCCACCGGCAAGGACCGCGUGAUCCACACCCCCUGCAGCAGGCCCGCCGCCGGCGGCGGCCACCACCGCGCCGUCGUCGGCAUGCGCAAGACCCUCGUCUUCUACCGCGGCCGCGCCCCCAACGGCGUCAAGACCAGCUGGGUGAUGCACGAGUUCCGGAUGGAGAACCCCCACACCCCGCCCAAGGAGGAUUGGGUCCUGUGCAGGGUCUUCUACAAGAAGAAGGCAGACGCCAUGGACUAUGCUGACUGCAGCGACCAGGACGCCAUCGCCGUGCAUGUGCCUCGCGGCAGCGCUGACCCGGGCUACUGCUACUCGCCUCCUCCGUUCCCCGCGCUCGGCGGCAGCCACCACCACGGCGGCUCCCUCAACGACGACUUCCACGGCGGCAUGGCGCUGCUUCAGCAGCAGCAGCACAACGGCGUUUUCGACUUCCACGGCGGCCAGCCUCACCCUCACGGCGGCGGCGGCGGCCUCCUUGCCGGGCCGCCGGCUACAGCCGUGGGGUCAAGAGACGGCGGCGAUCAGUGUGGCAGCGGCGUGCUCAUGGACCUAGGACUCGACGACCACUACGCCUACAACAGCUACAACAGCCUGCUGCAGAUGUGAUCUAUCAUGCAAGCAAGCAAGCAAGCUAUAUAGCUAGCUAGCUAUAGCUGCUCCCUUGCGUUAAACGUUGCUCAUGGUCAUGGCCAUGCAGAUUUCUUUCGAUCUCGUCAUCUGAUUUUUACUAUACUAUUCGUUGGUGAUCUCUUUGUGCAGAUCGAGCCCGUCUCUGCAUGUGCUGCACUCGUACGUGUAGUUAAUCUCUAGCUACAUAUCAGUAGUGCUAGUUGUGGAUCUGUUGUGUUUGAUUUAAAUUGCUGGAUUUGGUCGUCGUUAGUAGGGUGUGGGUGAGAUGUUGUGACUAAUGUACAUACUUGAAAAGUUUGGAACCCCUUUUCUCUUCUUGCUUUUUUUACAUAUCAGUAUACGUUAUUGUUACCUGUUGUAACUAUAUGUAUAAGAGACUUUCUUGAGAAAUUA